ACUAAGGCUAUUGUCUUAUCCUCACCAUCCGUGGGUCAGAUAACCGACCAAUCAGAGUUCAUAUAAUCGCUUGUCUUGCCAGCUUAGAAUAAUAUUAUUAAAACGAGCCAGCGAGCCCGGUCUCCGGGAGUAGUUUAUGUUGAAACGGCAUAGAAAAGGUGGAGGACGGUGGAAGGAGUAGCAACUUUCUUUCUCAGCAACUUUAUGGAGAAUAGUCGCCUGGGGUUUCGCAUGGCUGAACGGACUUGAGCUUAUUCCAUAAUACGCAGUUGGACUUUGCCUAACCUUGGGCACUUUUACGUUUUAGGUAACUCUUUUGGGGACUUUUUGCCGCUUAUGGACUUAAUGCGUUUUGAUUUAAUGAGACACUGAGAGGAGAGACGUGGAAGUAAGGUACAAUAUAAUCUGUAUUGGUUUACUUGUCGCCAUGUCCAUGCUUCCGACGUUUGGUUUUACGCAAGAACAAGUGGCUUGUGUUUGCGAAGUCCUCCAGCAAGGGGGGAACAUCGAGCGUCUUGGGCGCUUUCUGUGGUCCCUCCCGGCGUGCGAGCACCUCCACAAAAAUGAGAGUGUUCUCAAAGCGAAAGCCGUAGUUGCUUUUCAUCGGGGGAACUUCCGAGAGCUCUACAAGAUUCUGGAGAGCCACCAGUUUUCGCCGCACAACCACCCGAAACUGCAGCAGCUGUGGCUCAAAGCGCACUACAUCGAGGCAGAGAAGCUGAGAGGCCGUCCGCUCGGCGCCGUAGGGAAGUACCGCGUCCGGAGAAAGUUCCCCCUGCCCCGCUCUAUCUGGGACGGAGAGGAGACGAGCUAUUGCUUCAAAGAGAAGAGCAGGAGUAUCCUCCGAGAGUGGUACACCCACAACCCUUACCCAUCCCCACGGGAGAAAAGAGAGCUGGCCGAGGCCACGGGACUCACGACCACGCAAGUCAGCAACUGGUUCAAAAACAGACGGCAGAGAGAUCGAGCGGCUGAGGCAAAGGAAAGAGAAAACAACGAGAACUCCAACAGCAACAGUCACAACCCAUUGACUUCUUCUAUUAAUGGAAAUAAAACUAUUUUGGGGAGCUCGGACGACGAUAAAACACCUUCUGGGACUCCGGAUCACACGUCUCCGAGUCCGGCUCAGCUCCUCGGCGCAAACCCCGGUUUACCGUCCCUGCACGGCCUUGCGCCCCCGCCGGGACCCAGCGCAAUCCCGGUACCCAGCGGCCCAGACUCGAUGCACCAUCACCACUCAUUGCAUCAUGACACCAUACUGAACCCUAUGUCUUCUAAUCUAGUGGACCUCGGCUCUUAAAAGCCGUCACUGAAGGGAGACGGAGAGCGCCAUUUUUGGGGGAAAAUAAUUUACGAGGUGGUGUGAGUUAAGCUUCAAGCACUUGCGGCACGGUGCAAGGCAGACAGACUGGAACACUGCGAAAACAGCCACCGUAACAAAUCAUUUAGUCUCAUAUUCAACCUUUAAAAUCUUUUUCAACAAGUGGAGAGGGGAAAAACCUGCCAGUGAGCGCAACACCUCCUCUUAUCCCCAAACUGAACGAGCCCUUGUUUCGGGGAUUUUCUAGAAUCAAGAGUUCAGAGCAGAGCACUUAAGAACUUUCCAAAUAUACUUAAACAGGACCCUACCGAACUUUUUUUUUUUUCGUUAAUUCGCUUGAGGAAAAUAUAAUUUGGAAAAAGUAAGUAAAAGUAGUAGUUUUUUGAGAUGGCUUGUUUUACUGCAGUGCUGGGGAUAAAAAUUUGAUUAACGAAAGAACAGAAGAAAGGAAGGAAGAAAGAAAGAAAACUUUACCGGAAUGUAAAAACGUAAUAUGUUAUAUUGUUGAAAACAAUAACAAUAAAGUGUCUUAAUUCUUGUUACUAUUAGCCUACAGUUGUUAUUUUAGGGGUUUAGAUUAGCCUUUAUCACCAGACUCUAUAGGCACAAAGUUAAGGGUACCCAUCGCCUUUCUGUUUACAUGGGGUUUUUAAAGAGAGCCAUAAACGGUUAUUUUUGUUUGUUUGUUUCUUUGUUUGUUUGGGGGAGGGUGGGCUGAUGGAGUAUGCCAGUUAAACGUGUCUCAUAGGGGCCGUGAUAAGAUAAAAUAUUCUAACCCCUUGAUAUUAUUGUUAUAAUUAUUUGCAUUUUCAUUUGGGGAGAGACUGCAUGUAAACUCUGCGAUAAAUGAUGAAACAUAAAACGAUUCACCUAUAGUUUCAUAUACCCUUUACAAUAAAAAAAAAAAGAAACACGUGGAAUAAA